AGUAAUAAAUUUAAAUGUUCUGAAAAUUUAUGGGAUGGAUUCGAUUUAUUAGUAAAGAGAACUGAACAUGAUUUAAUGGUAUCAAAAAAUAUUUUAAAUUUUUUUAAAAAGAAGGCAGAGUUGGAGGAACAGCAUUCAAAGAAAUUAGAAAAAUUGGCUUUAAAGACAUUAGCAUCCAUUGACGAAAGUUCAACGAUCAAUGCAAUUAGUUUUAAUAAUAGUUGGAAAAAGAUUAUAAAUUCAGCAAUGAUGGAGUCGGAACAACACACACUAUUGAACACUAGUUAUUUAAAUAAGAUAUGUCAACCAUUACAAGCAAUGAUCAAAGAUAUGGAGACCAAGAGAAAGAAGAUCCUUCAAGAGGGUAUUAAAUUGAAACAGGAUAUGAAGGAUAUGGUCGAUGCAUUAAAGAAAUCACAGUUAAAAUACGAAAAAGCAAAUAGGGAUUUAGAAAGCAGUAGAAUCGAAUUAAAGGAAUAUAAAGACCAAUGCCAACAACAAGGUGGUGCAUCUGAUUCGGAUCUCAACAAUAUUGCAAAAAUCGAAAGACGUACUCAAAGAUGUGAGGCAGAGUUACACAGCUGCGAUGAAGAAUACAGAGAACAAAUCAAGGCAACUAAUGAUUUCCAAAACUUUUACAACACUGAGGCAAUGCCAAAAAUUUUAAAUGAUUUUGAAAAUUUCAUUAUUUUACACUCACACUUUAGCAAAUCCUAUUUUUCAAGUUUGGUCAAUGUACUCUUAGAUUUACCACCAGCUUUUUCAAACAAUUACGAUAUUGUAAAGAAAUCGGUAGAAAUGAUUGAUAACAAUAAUGAUGUUCAAGAGUUUAUAAGAAAAAAUUUAAUGCGUAAACAAUUAGCGCAACCAUUCCAAUACGAACCCUAUGUCGAAGGUAAAUUAACUAAAAAAACAGUAUCAUUAACAUGGAACACCAAAAUCCUUAGUCAGUUCUCAAGAAGUGCUACAAACAAUUCACCAAAUACUAGCAAUGGCAAUUUAAAUACCUAUAUCUCUGGUGUCGAUAAGAAUGAGCCAAUUUUACCCACUGCCUCCUAUAAAGUAUCUUUGGAAGAGUUGAUGGCAAAGCAAAGAGAUACCCACCCACAUUUAGAGGUUCCAUAUGUUUUAACAGUGUUGGCAGAGAAUAUAACUAAAUUAAAGGGUCAUGUUACUGAGGGUAUUUUCCGUGUACCAGGUAUCAUUAGUACCAUUAAAGCUGCUCGUAUUAAAAUCGAUCAAGGUGAUUUCGAUCUCUCUGCCAUCGAUGAUGUUAGAACUUCAUCAGCUCUACUUAAACAAUGGUUACGUGAUAUCCCAACUGCAUUGGUACCAGAUUCUCUUUAUCAGGCCGCUGUUGAUACUCCAUCAAACGCUGUUAACAUUGUAAAGAAUAUUCCACCAAUCAACCAAAAGGUAUUAUAUUAUUUAAUUAAUUUCUUGCAAAUUUUCACCAAAUUCGAAUUUGUAGCCCAUAGCAAAAUGGGUGUUAGUAAUCUUUCAAUGGUUUUUGCUCCAACUAUUCUUCGUUGUCCAUCAGUCGAUCCAAAUGUAAUGUUAAAUAAUGUAAAUAACGAAAGAUUAUUUGUUGAAAAUUUAAUUAAAAAUAUUCCACCCCCAACAAAUGUUCACGAGUUUUUAGGUUUACCAGUUCAAAUGUCAGAUGCUGUCAAAGAUGCAGAUGAUAUAGAGGAGUUAAAUGAAGAUUUAAUUACUUCAGAUGAUGAAAUAUCAAAUAAAUUAGAAAAUAGUAAUAGUGAUAACAAUAAUAGUAAUAGCAACGAUAAUAAUUUUAAUGGCAGCGAUGAUAGUAAUAAACCAAUUUCACCAAACAAUUUAAAUGAUAGUUUUAAUAAUAAUCUAACAUUAAAUAAGAGUAAUGAAAAUAUUACAAUAUCAGCAACCACUACAACAACUACAAAUAGUGCAGCCACAUCAUCAUCAUCAUCAACUAGUACCACUGUACCAACAUCUCCUACAAGUGCAGGUACAACAACUACUUCACCAGGUUUUUCAGCAGUUAUUAGACCCUCAAGACCUCAACCAUUAGGUUGGGUUAGAGUUAAACCAGCAGCUGCAGGUAAUAAAUCGUCAUCACCAUCAUCAUCUCUAUCAUCAUCACCAUCAACAACUACACCAUUACCAACUUCACCUCAAACAUCAUCCCAGCCAACACCUACCGAGCCAACUUCACCA